AUGUAUGCACAAGAGAUCGUCUGCGCGUUGAUUCUCGCCGCUCUGCUACUCCUUCUUGCGCGGAGGAGAAUAGAUCCGCUCCGCCGCAUACCAGCUGUGGGGCUUUCCGCACCCAUCCUAUCCUAUUGGGACGCGUUGAAGUUCUCCGUUCAUGCGCGUGAGAUGCUGCAGGAAGGCUACACCAAGUACAGAGGCUCUGUGUUCAGAGUGCCGCUAAUGGAUCGCUGGCUUGUAGUGGUCAGCGGUGCCGCCAUGAACGAAGAACUCCGGAAAUUGCCUGAUGACCAGAUGUCUUUUCUGGAUGCUGCCGAGGAUCUCUUACAGGCGAAGUACACGAUCGCAAUGGACAUCCUUAGAAAUCCGAUACACAUCCCGGUCAUCCGCGGACCUUUCACCCGCAACUUGGCUGCCUUCCUGCCAGAUGUCGCAGAUGAGAUCGCGUCCGCAGUCCAAGAGGCAGUUCCUGACGCAGGAGAUGAUUGGGUUGGCGUCGUCGCAUCCCCUGCCAUGGCGCGUGUCGUCUGUCGGGCGAGCAACCGGGUCUUCGUUGGUCUUCCUAUGUGCCGGAACCCAGAAUUCCUAGAGAUUGUCUUGAACUACACCAAAGAUGUCGGCAAAAGUCGGUUCAUCAUGGCCCUCACGCCGAUCCUAUUCAAGCCCAUCGUGGGCAGUUUACUGCCUUGGUCUAAGAAUACUCUCAAGAAGAUCGCCGUGCUAGUGGGACCUCUAGUCGACGAAACGUUCCGGCAAUUCGAGGAUCACGGAAAGAAAUGGGAAGACAGACCUAAAAACCUGCUGACCUGGUUAACGGAAGAAGCCAAAGCUGCCGGCCACGGGCCCGAAACCGUCAUCUCCGCGCUGCUGUCGAGCAACUUCACCGCCAUACACACAUCGGCUAUCAGCGUGACGCAUGCCCUGUAUCACAUUGCUGCCUGUCCCGAGUUCAUCCCGCCGCUCCGCAAAGAGAUCGAGGUGGCCGUCAACAAGCAUGGCUGGGGUAAACAAGCCAUCGGUGAAAUGUGGAAACUAGACAGCUUCAUGCGGGAGUCCCAGCGCGUCAACGGCACGAGCGGCGUGUCUGUCAUGCGCAAGGCCCUCGUAGACCUCAGGCUGGCCGACGGGACCGUGAUACCUGCGGGCACACUGCUUUGUGCAGCCGCGGACGCGACGCACUGCGACGACGAGAACUACGAGGACGCUGGCGUGUUCAGACCGUUCCGCUUCUCCGACAUGAGCGCGUCGGAGGAGAGCGAGCGCAUCAAGCACCAAUUCGUCAGCACGUCGCCGGAGUACGUGCCCUUCGGGCAUGGCAAGCAUGCCUGGUACGUCGUCCAUGCUUCUCAGGAAUUCUCGCUCAAUAUGAAGCACAGCCCUGGUCGCUUCUUCGUGGGUAAUGAACUGAAGAUGAUCAUCGCAUAUCUUGUCCUCAACUACGACAUGAAGUUUGAGGACGACGGGCCCCGCCCGCCGAACAAGUGGUUAUCGGUCACCGUUAUCCCUGAUCCGAAUGCUAAGGUUUACUUCCGCAAGAGACAAACGGGCAGCGUAUAG